AUGUCUUGCGAUGUUGGUUUUCCAAUUAUAGGUAACUGUGUACCAGAAAUUUCUGGGAUACUGGGUAGAGAAAUAUCUGGUAGUGCUGGUUUAGAAAUGACUGGCAGUUCAGGUUUAGAAAUGUCUGACAGUACUGGUUCAGAAAUGUCUGGCAGUGCUGGUUCAGAAAUGUCUGACAGUACUGGUUCAGAAAUGUCUGGCAGUGCUGGUUCAGAAAUGUCUGGCAGUGCUGGUUUAAUGAUGUCUGGCAGUACUGGUUUUCCAAUUAUGGGUAACUGUGUCCCAGUAAUUUCUGGGAUAUUGGGUAGAGAAAUAUCUGGUAGUGCUGGUUUAGAAAUGACUGGCAGUUCAGGUUUAGAAAUGUCUGACAGUACCGGUUCAGAAAUGUCUGGCAGUGCUGGUUCAGAAAUGUCUGGCAGUGCUGGUUUAAUGAUUUCUGGCAGUACUGGUUUUCCAAUUAUGGGUAACUGUGUCCCAGUAAUUUCUGGGGUAUUGGGUAGAGAAAUAUCUGGUAGUGCUGGUUUAGAAAUGACUGGCAGUUCAGGUUUAGAAAUGUCUGACAGUACUGGUUCAGAAAUGUCUGGCAGUGCUGGUUCAGAAAUGUCUGGCAGUACUUUGGUUUAA